ACAACCAAGUCAAGUAGACUUGUUCAAUGACCAAAUUGACCACCAAUUUCACAUCUCACACAAUAGCAGCAAGGGCAAUGUGGUAAUAAAAAAGUGAUCAGUUCCAUUCAUAUGAUCAAUUAGCAGAACUAAAGUAUCAUAAAAACAAAGAAUCUGGUUCUUGCAAAACAGAGGAGCUCUGUAGUAAAAAUGGAGGAUCACAGGCUCAAGGAGAUAGGCGUGUCGGAUGAAUUCAUCAAGCGAGCCUGGUCUGCAUCGACGAAAGCUCACAGGCUGUCAGGGAAACAUUAUUGUCGCGACAAACUAAGCGGCUCACCUGAUGUUGUCUAUGCAUUUGCUGGUUCAUGGACCGUUAAUGACUACUUCAACAAUAAUUCCUUCGGAGAAAAAAAUAUUGAUCUUCAAAUGUUCCGGUCCAUGAGAAGCAUCGGCAACAAUGAGACUGCUAAGGUGAAUGCUGCAUUUGCUGAAAAAUUCGAGAUCAUUAUCAGAACACUCAGAACUGAGGUGGAAAAGGAUCGUAAGAAGGGGAAACAGAUAGUGUUUGCAGGGCACUCGUCAGGGGGUCCGACAGCUAUUUUGGCAACCCUUUGGUUUUUGGAGAAUACUCCAAAAUUAGGAAAUAAUCAAAUUCCAUUUCGUUGUCUGACAUUCGGAUCCCCACUCAUUGGUGACAAGAUUUUUGGGCACGCUAUUAGACGAGAGAACUGGUCGAGGAACUUCACACAUUUUGUCAUGAAGUAUGACAUUGUUCCACGGAUUAUGCUUGCUCCUGUCUCGCAUAUGGAAGAAGAACUGCAGAAAGUUCUCAAUGUCUUGAAAAAUAGUAAAACGACGAUUUCUCAGACUGAAUCAGUCCAGGCUCAAGGCCUUUACAGGAAAGUGAUGAAAAACGCGUCAUCUGUGGCAAGCUAUGCUGCUAGUGUCCUCAUGGGCUGUCCAAAUUUGCUACUCGAAACUUUCUCUACUUUUAUUAAAAUUAGCCCUUACAGGCCCUUUGGCAGAUAUGUCUUUUGCACUGGGAAUGGGAAAUUGGUGGUUGUCGAGGAUUCAGAAGCUGUUCUGCAGAUGUUAUUCUAUAGUUCACAGUUGGAUAGUGAAGCCGAAGAUGUGGGGAUUGCUUGGAAAAGCUUACAUGAACAUAUGUCUUAUGGAACGGAACUGAAAGAAAGCUUGGAAAUGAGAAACAUAAUUUACUUAAAUCACCUGCAAAAUCUUCCACUGUCGUCUGGCAAUAGCUUGGAUGAGGACUCCACCGCGGACAUUGCUCUGAAUGAUCUCGGCCUGAGCACCAGAGCCAGGCUAUGUCUUCGGGCUGCUGGCGAACUAGAGGAGCAAAAGAAAAGAAAUCAAGACAAGAUUGAGAGUAAUGAGGCCGCCAUUGAAAAGGCUUUAACUGAUAUAAAAGAAUACAAGAUUAAAUGUGAAGGGAGAGAAAUGAAUUUCUACGAUGCCUUCAAACGUCAGAACAACCCUGAGGAUUUUAAGGCCAAUGUUAAGAGGAUUGAGCUAGCAGGCAUAUGGGAUGAGAUUAUUGAGUUGCUGAAGAGAUCUGAACUUCCAGAUGAAUUUGAGGUCAGCAAAAAGUGGAUAAACCUAGGAACCGACUUUCGGCUACAUGUUGAACCCCUAGAUAUUGCCAACUACUAUAGACACUUGAAGAAUGAUGACACCGGCCCCUACAUGGCAAAAGGGAGGCCGAGGCGCUACAAAUACACUCAGAGAUGGUCUGAGCAUGAGUCCAGGACAGAAUUCAGGCCAAGCUCGAGCUCGUGCUUCUGGGCUGAGGUGGAGGAGCUUCGAAAUGGGAGGUAUGAAGACAUAAAGCAAAAGCUUGAUACUCUAGAGAAAGACAUAAAAGACUGGCAUGACAAGAAAAAAAUAGGCGACCAUGAAUUUUCUGCUGGCUCUACCUUUGCUGAGUGGUGGAAAACACUCCCUGAACAUCAUAGAUCAGCAUCAUGCCUUGCUGACUGUAUGAACAAACGCAAGUGAGACUCAGGUUUUGCUUUCGUUUCUUUUUUCCCCCUGUACUUGUUCAUUUAUCCUUCUGUGCUGUAUUCUUUCCUGUAUGAUCACAAUCUUCGUUUGUUAUUUGAAGAUUCUACGACAAAACACAAAGCAGUUUAGCAAUGAAUGGUCUGAUUUCAAUUA